AUGCAAGAUCGUCCAUCCAUUUGCAAGGUAUUCUAUCCAGAAGGCAAAAUCCUCAACCCAAAUGCAAGAUCUUCCAUCUAUUUCUCAUCCUCAUAUCUUCUAUCCACCUUCCAUCCACACGCCAUCCACGGCAAGAUCUUCAUCCAUCCAUCCACACCAAGAUCAUCCACUUUCCCCCCACACGCAAGAUCCACACGCAAGAUCAUCCACUUGCGAAAUCUCCCCACCCACACGCAAGAUCUUCCAUCCACCUCCAUCCACACGCAAGAUCAUCCACGAAAUCUCCCACCCACACGCAAGAUCUUCCAUCCACCUUCCACCCAUGCAAGAACAUCCACUUGCGAAUCUCCCACCCACACCAAGAUCUUCCAUUCCACACCUCCGCCCAACCACCACGCAAGAUUCCACCCACAACGCAAGAACAUCCACUUGCGAAAUCUCCCACCCACACGCAAAGAUCUUCCAAUCCACCUUCCAUCCACACGCAAGAUCAUCCACUUGCGAAAUCUCCCACCCACACGCAUAAGAUCUCCAUCCACCUUCCAUCCACACGCAAGAUCAUCACUUGCCGAAAUCUCCCACCCACACGCAAGAUCUUCCAUCCACCUUCCAUCCACACGCAAGAUCAUCCACUUGCGAAAUCUCCCACCACACGCAAGAUCUUUCCAUUCCCCCUUCACCCACACGCAAGAUCAUCCACUUGCGAAAAUCUCCACCCACACGCAAGAUUCCAUCCCCUUCCACCCACACGCCAUCCACGAAAUCUCCUCCACACCCACACGACUUGCGUUCCAUCCACCUUCCAAUCCACACGCAAGAUCAUCCACUUGCGAAAUUCUCCCACCCACACGCAAGAUCUUCCAUCCACCUCCAUCCACCCACACGCAAGAACAUCCACUUGCGAAAUCUCCCACCCACACGCAAGAUCUUCCAUCCCCUUCCACCCACACGCAAGAUCAUCCACUUGCGAAAAUCUCCCACCUCACACGCAAGAUCUUCCAUCCACCUUCCAUCCACACCAAGAUCAUCACUGCAAAUCUCCCCCACCCACAGCAGAUCUUCCAUCCACCUUCCAUCCCACACGCAAGAUCAUCCACGAAAUUUCCCACCCACACGCAAGAUCUUCCAUCCCCCUUCCACCCACACGCAAGCAACAUCCCACUUGCGAAAUCUCCACCCACACCCAAGAUCUUUCCACCUUCCCCACACGCAAGAUCCACUUGCGAAAUCUCCCACCCACACGCAAGAUCUUCCAUCCCCCUUCCACCCACACGCAAGAACAUCCACUUGCGAAAUCUCCCACCCACACGCAAGAAUCAUCCAUGCCACCUUCCACCCACACGCAAGAUCAUUCCACUUGCGAAAUCUCCCACCCACACGCAAGAUCUUCCAUCCACCUUCCACCACACGCAAGAACAUCCACCGAAAUUCUCCCACCCACACGCAGAAAAUCCACACACGCAAGAUCAUCCACUUGCGAAACUCCCACCCCACACGCAAGAUCUUCCAUCCACCUUCCACCACACGCAAGAACAUCCACUUGCGAAAUCUCCCACCCACACGCAAAGAUCUUCCAUCCACUUUCCAUCCACACGCAAGAUCAUCCACUUGCGAAAUCUCCCACCCACACGCAAGAUCUUCCAUCCCCUUCCACCACACGCAAGAACAUCCACUUGGAAAUCUCCACCCACACGCAAGAUCUUCCAUCCACCUUCCAAUCCACACGCACAAGAUCAAUCACUUGCGAAAUCUCCCACCCACACGCGCAAGAUCUAA